AUGCUCGAUAUUGCAAUCAUUGGGGGCGGCAUCGCCGGACUUACGGCCGCAAUCGCGCUUCGACGAGCAGGCCACCCCGUAACAAUUUACGAGAAAUCAGCACUGAGCAAUGAGAUUGGCGCUGCGAUUAACGUGCAGACCAACGCUUCGCGGCCGCUACUCGCGCUCGGCAUGGAUCCCGUGCGAGCCAGGUUCGUGCCGGCCAAAGGCAGCCAACGGGUGAAAGGGGAUACCCUGGAGCCGGUCCACGAACUCAAUCUGGGCGCCAUCGCGGACAAGUAUGGCUCGCCGUGGUACUUUGCACAUCGAGUCGACUUGCACCAGGAGUUGAAGCGGAUGGCAACGACGGAUGAUGGGGGCCGCCUGUCACUUUCAAAUUGA